UAUUUAACACGACGUAUUCAAACUCCCUAUCCAUUUCCGCGUCCUUAGUAACAAAUUCUACUUUUAUUAAAUCCUUCCUUUCUCCGUCAGUCCCCAAAUCCAUCGACACAAGCAAACCCUAACAAUCCAAUCCGCUCAUCAAUUUCAUCAAUGGCGGCCGCAUUUUCCGCAUUCCCCACGCCGAUCGUCCCCGCCGCCGCAUCUCGUAGCCGGAAAAGUCCGCCGGCAGCCCAGCGGAGCAGCUGGUGGGCGCCGGUCUUCGGCUGGUCCUCGGAACCCGACUAUGUGAACGGCAAUGCCCGGAUCGAACCGGAUCUGGAUUAUCAGGAGGAAUCGGGUCGGGUCGUGGGCGGUAAGAAGCAGUACCGGGGUUGCUUGACGGAGGAGAAGGCUAAGGAGCUGCGGCGGAAGACGAUCCAGACCUACAAUUUCCAUGACGUCAUGUACCACUCGGCGAUCGCCUCCCGGCUCGCCUCCGAUCUGUCGGGCCGGUGAGGGCAAAAUUGGAAUUUCGUUUAAUAAUAUUAUUUUUGAUUUUUUUUAAAUUAGAGUUUUCUGGAAUCAGCUGAGAUGAGUAUUGCUGUAUUUGAGUGCAAUCAGAUUCUUAGAGGAAUGGAGUAUUAUGUUUGUUUUGUUACCAAAAUUGAAAUUAAUAAUCUUUUGUCCCAUUUCAAUAAGGUU